AUGGUAGUAACUGGUGGCAGCGAUGACGAAGCCGAUGACGACAACGUCCUCCGAAACGUUGCCGUCGUCGUUUAUAAUGCCUUGGAUUAUAAUUUACACGAAGAUGAACAAUGUCAAAUGUCCCAGGAACUGGAGGAACUUAUUACCCACAUGACUGAAGAUGAAACCGAAGAAGACGAUGAUUGUAUUGAUGACUGCAUCGAUGAAGGCAUUGACGAGGGCUACAAGCGUUGGGAUGAUGAACACGAUGAAACCAAAGAAUUCGAUUAUGUCUUAGAGGCCUGCAGAAAUCACAUAAAACCAACUGUACCUGAAGAACACUAUAAAGCGGUGUGUCGAGCUUUAGUAACCGAAACCUUAGAAUUGCGAAUAUUUUUGCAACAAGUUUUGAAUAGUGAUGCUGAUAAUUUACAUUUAAAAGCUGAUUUCCAAACAUCACAGCAGGAGUUGGCCAAAUUUGAUUUCAAUGAUUGGGCCCGCUUCUGGGUACAGGUCAUUGAUGAGCUGCGGCGUGGUGUACGCCUAAAGAAGGCCAACUAUGAACGAGCACCCAUCGAAUAUGAAUUGACACCGUAUGAAAUACUAAUGGAGGAUAUCAGAUCCAGAAAAUAUCAAUUACGCAAAGUUAUGGUUAAUGGUGAUAUUCCUCCACGCGUGAAAAAAGAUGCUCAUGCUCUGAUAUUAGAUUUUAUUCGGUCACGGCCGCCUUUAAAGAAGGCAUCGGAACGUCAACUCCCACCACCCAUCAAGCGAACACCAUCACCCCGUGAACAGUUGAUGGAUUCAAUACGCAAGGGACGUAAAUUAAAACACAUACCAUCGCCAACAUUGCCCCGCCUUAAAGAUCGAUUGCUUCCUACUUCUACCACAAUAACAUCAUCAUCAGCAUCACCAGCAGCUGCAGCAGGCGCACCGCCGGUCUCAUCCCAGCAGCAACAGCUGCACCAAUAUAAAUUGCGGGAUUCAUUGAAGCAACUGCAGGAGUCGAAUGAAAUCCAUACAACACCGCGUUCCAAGCAGCGUAUCAUCAAAGUGGAUUUCUCAUUGAUUGAGGAUGACGAUCCAUGUUUCGAUGAGACCUCAUUGGCCUCCACAACAUCAUCAUCCUCGACAAUGGUCGGUGGUGGCGGAGGACAUCAGCUCAAUCAUAGCAUAGGUGUUUGUUCACAGCCCAAAAUGCCACCCUAUCCCAUUGGUGGCUAUAUGAUGAGCGAUGCCACCUCCACCUCAGCUGUAGCGGGCAAAGGUGCGACAGCAACAGGAACAUCCAGCAACAACAGCAAUACGACCACACAACAAGUGCCCACAACACUGACAACACGUGUUACACGGCGUACAAUUUCUCUAGCCAAACCCGAAGAUGUCGUCGUUGAAAAUGAUGUUGAUGAUGGUGAUGAUGAUCCCUAUACUGAGGAUGAAUAUCAUAAAUUCUUUGACAACGCCUUGGAAUCCUAUGAUCUGGCCACCCAGUGUGAAUCACGACGGGCAUCACAGCGACGACACACCAUUGUUGGAUGUCAAAGUAAUUUGGAUGAGACGCAUUCAAUGCCGACAUCAAGGCCCGGAUCCAGGCAGUCCGAUGUACAUAACACAACUAGAUCCCAAAGCCCCAGCGCACACGAGCAGAAGCAGGAGUCGGAGGAGGAUAAUUGCAGCGAUAGUCGUUCGUCAUCCUCGUUAGGCCCGUGGAACAAAUCCUUUAUGGAUGAGAAAACCUGGAAUGAACGUGGUGACGAUCGCCUCUCAUUAACCCUGGAGGAGAUUGUCCACAUUCGUUCGGUUAUGACGAAGGCCGAAUUGGAGGGCCUUCCGGUUGGUAUACGUGUCAAGGAGGAUGUCGAAAAGCGAAAAAUCUGCUUUCUAUGUUUGCGUACCAGAUUCUCGAUAUUCGGUCCCUGGGGUAUUCAGUGUAAAAUAUGCCAGCGUACCGUUUGUUCCAAAUGUUAUACCAAAAUGCGCAUACCUUCCGAACAUUUUCGCAAUGUUCCACUUGUGCUAAUCUCACCCUCACUGCUGUCAAGUCCCGCUGGUUCGAGCACACCCUCACCAUCACAUCAUGCUCGCUAUGCCCAUUCCUCGUCGACGGGUAAUAUUUUGGAUGAACAAUUUCCCAAGUCUCUGAUUGAGAAGCUAAUGGGUUCCGAGGCUCAGCGUAAGGCACGCAACUCUGUGGGCAGUGCACCAUCAUCACCCAAACACCAAAGAUCAAAUAUGAGCACACCCGGUAUUAUGGCCGGCGGUAGUGGUUCCGGUGUUGAAAUUGUUGCUGCUGCUGCAGGUCAAGCAGUUGAGGCUAUACACGAUACAUCGUCGACAAUGACCACAUCGUAUACAGCUGGCACUCACUAUUAUCAUCACCAGCAACAACAGCCUCAUCAUCCGCAUCACAUAAUGUCACGCAGCAUGGAGGGGCCACGCAGUUUGCCGGUACAUAGUCCAGCAUCAAGACCGCAUUCGAAUAGCAGUACAUUGGAUCGGAAAAGCAAAUUCUCACGGGCCUAUACCCUGUCAUCGUCCGGUACCCAAUUGAGUCAAGACCAAAAAGAUAAUGUACGCGGUGAGUUGGUGCCGGUGUGUAAUGAUUGUCGCGGCUUGGUAAUGGAAAUUUCAAGAUCGGCCAAACAGAAACGCUCGUCGGCACGUAAUCGGGCAAUUAAGAAUCUAACCUUGGACCUGUCGCCCGUGUGGAAGUGAA